AUCUCUAAAUUGCUUUACAGUUUCAGAGCUUCCAUUACGGCUUCUGCUGCAAGAAACCCAUCCCUUUUGCCUUCUCCGUCCUCUCCUCCUCCUUCGAUCUCUCGGCAUUUUCCAUCUCUCACCAUGGUGCUCGAGGCGACGAUGAUCUGUGUCGAUAAUUCGGAAUGGAUGAGGAACGGUGAUUAUGCUCCUUCCAGAUUCCAAGCUCAAGCGGAUGCUGUCAGUCUCAUUUGCGGAGCAAAGACGCAGUCCAAUCCGGAGAAUACAGUCGGAGUUCUUACAAUGGCCGGAAAAGGGGUUCGAGUUUUGGUAACUCCUACUAGUGAUCUUGGCAAGAUUCUAGCGUGCAUGCACGGUUUAGAGAUGGGUGGGGAGACAAACUUGGCUGCUGGGAUCCAGGUGGCUCAGUUGGCUCUCAAGCAUCGUCAGAAUAAAAAGCAACAACAAAGAAUUAUUGUUUUUGCGGGAAGGAUGGUAAGCCAGAGAAGCUGGAAGCACUUCUUUCAGCUGUUAAUAGUAAUGACAGCAGUCACAUUGUUCACGUUCCCUCUGGUCCGAAUGCUCUUUCUGAUGUACUUAUUAGUACUCCUAUCUUCACUGGUGAUGGGGACGGAGGAAGUGAAUUUGCAGCAGCUGCUGCUGCAGCUUCAGCUGGUGGAGGUGGUUUUGAUUUUGGCGUAGACCCCAACUUAGACCCUGAACUAGCGCUUGCACUUAGAGUUUCAAUGGAAGAGGAAAGGGCCAGACAAGAGGCAGCAGCUAAGAGAGCUGCUGAUGAGACUUCAAAGCAGGAAAAAGGAGAGGAACAGGCAUCUGGAUCAGCAGAUACAGCUAUGACCGAACGUGCUAGUGCUGAAUUUUCUGAUGCUCAUAAUAAGACAAGCGAUCCAAUGGAAGAUGAGAAUGCUCUGCUACAACAAGCCCUUGCAAUGUCAAUGGAAGAUCCUGCCUCAAGUCAUGAUGGGCAGGACACAGAAAUGUCAGAUGCAGCAAUGGAUGAUCCAGAGUUAGCUCUUGCUCUUCAGUUGUCCGUGCAGGAGGAUGCUAAAGACUCAACAAGCCAACCUGAUAUGAGUAAAUUACUGGCAGACCAGUCGUUCGUUUCCUCCAUUCUCGCGUCGCUUCCAGGGGUUGAUCCAAAUGAUCCAUCAGUUAAAGAUUUGCUGGCUUCCAUGCAAAGUCAGUCAAAGCCAGAGGACAAGAAGAAUGAAGAAGAAAAAAACCCCAAGGAAGAAGAUGAGAAAUGAUCCACUCAUCUUCCAAAGUUGAAUAUUCUACUAGGUCACAUCGUGUUCGCCUGCAAAAGCAAAAGUUGAAAAAAGUGAUCCCUUGAUCUUUUAUUGUACUUAUGCAUUAUACUCUUUGAUCAACUCUUGUUUUCUUUCCCCACCUCCCCCUUCUGUUUUUGAGUUUUUUCUGCUUACUUUCUUUGAAAGGUAACUGAAGAACAUUGUAGGGCGGCCUAAUAUUUGUCUUAAUUUCCUUAGCAUGACAGGUUUUGCUUGUAUUUAGUUUUUUUUUUAAUAA